AUGGCUGCAGCCCCCAUGUCCACUGGAGAGGAAGCCAUGGGUGUCGUGCAGCGGUACGCCGACCACGGCGACAUCACCAACCGACUCGCGCUGAUAGGAGCGAUGUCCGUCCUCGAAGUGACCUUGCCCAAGAGCGAGUUUGAGAUCCUGCAUACCUACGUCUUCCCCAAGAUGUCCCGCGACGCCAUCGCCAACGUCGCUCGCGACGGCGACGGCAAGGGGAACUCGCACCCCCUCUCGCCCUGCGGCACAGACUGCGUCCUUUUCCCCAAGUCGCACGUCGAGCACGACUCGGACCAGCCCUCACGCUACAUGACCCUCGCCGAGGCGAAGCAAGCUAUCAAUGAGUACAUCUGCGACGGCACAGAGACGACCCUCGCGACCGUCAUCACCGCCAUGGCCAUUCUUGAAGAGCGCAUGUCGGCCCCUGCCUUCGCGUUCAUCGAGGACGCGGUCACGAGCCAGAUGGCCCUCGAUGCCUUCGCUGAGGUUCUCGCCGGCGACGACGACGACGACGACGACAUCGACGACCCGCUGACCGCACACCCGCCGUUCGCGUGUUGCGCCGACUGCGCCCUGUACCCUUCCACCGGGCAGGGGCGUAUCGAGGAGAUCGACGACGACGAUGUCGACUAUGAUGAGGAGGUUGAGGAGGAGGAGGACGAGUAUGCGGGCGCCUACGGUGUCGACACGGUGAAUGAUGACGCCGAGGCGGUGUGUCGCCGCUUCGAGCAGCUGCUCGGAACCAGCACGGCGGUGGCGUCGCACUGCGCCGAGGAGGACAGCGCGGACAUCUACGGCGUCGAUACCGACAAUGAGGAUGCCGAGGAGAUGCGUCGUCACUUCGAGCAGCUUUUCAACAUCGGCUCUGCUGUUGCCUCGCCCCACGUCGAGCCGGGCGCCACCGAGGAGACGACGACUGCUAUCGACAAGAGCGGCAAGAACAAGGACCCGGACGGCAAGGACGCCAACAUCAAGGCGGGCAAGUCCAAGGGCAAAGGCAAGGCAGCAGCCAAGGCCCGCGCCAAAGCCCGCGCCAAGGCUCGCAAGGAGGAGGCCGCCGCAGCCGAGCAAGCCAUCCGCGACGCCGAGUUCGACGAGGAGGUGUCGAGGAUCUGCGCCUACGACUCGGACGCCAGGGAGCACUUCGGCAAUGAACCUUGGGUGGGGUACAUGCUGGCCGGCAUGGAGACCAUGUUCCGCCAGUACUGGGCAGAGCAUAAGACCCUCGACCCAGCUGCGGCUGACCCGCCGACCGGCAAGAAGCGCAAGAACAAGAAGAAGGGCAAGAAGGGCAAGGUGGCGGCAUCGGUUGACACUGUGACGCAUGGCGACGACCUCGCCGAGACGAUCCAGCCGCCCUCGGUCGCCGCCUCCGCCGCCGGCACCAGCAAGAGCAAGAAGAAGGGCAAGGGCAAGAACAAGGGCGGUUCCGAGCCUGUCCCGGUCGGUGCUCCAUCCGCGACUCACAACACCAAGGCGACCCACACUGUCCCCGGCGCCUAUCCCAAGAUCAAGACUGGUGGCAACAGAACCACUACCGCUGGCGGAUCCAAGACCAACCCCAAGCCCGCGGCCAAGGACACGACGAAGCCCGCGGCCAAGUCGACCACCACGGCCACGGAACGUUGGACGACCGACGACGUGCCCGGCCCUUCCAACUACGCGACGCGUACCAAGAUCGGCUCCAAGCACUAG